AUGUCUGACGCGACCGGAGCUCACCUCUCCAUCACAGCCGAGGAGCUCUUCCAGCUCCGGCACGUGGCCCGGGGCACGGCAUCUCCGUCGCUCAUCAUCCGGCAUGGCACCAUCCUGGCUCUUCACACCGGUGAGCUACUCGAGCGGGACGUCGUGAUCAGCGGUCGUCACAUUGCGGCCAUCACUCCCUGGGACUAUUUCCCAAGAAGUCAGUACCCAAAAGGUGAUCACGUCGAAGAAAUCGACGCCAGUGGCAAGUAUGUCAGCCCUGGGUUCAUUGAUACGCAUAUUCAUGUUGAAUACACGAAGCUUGUGCCAGGAGAGCUGGCCAGGUUGAGUGUCCCGAGGGGCACUACCACAGUCCUGGCUGAUGCCAAUUGCAUCGCGAAUGUUCUCGGUGGAAAGGGGAUGGACUUCAUGGGCACAACCACGACACCACUUCGCAUCUUCAGGCAGGUAUCGCACAAGGUGCCCAUGAGUGGUCCGGACAUCGAGCUCGGAGGCACAUCACUGUCAACAGCUGAGAUUUGUGAACGAGUCUCCAAAUGCGAGGCAGCGACCUUGGGCGAAUCCAACCCCUUUUCGUUGGAUAUGGCAUCCGCCGAGAAGCAGGCCGCGGCAUUGCAUGCUGGUAAGCGCAUUACCGGACAUUCUGCCUUGCUGGUCAACGAGCCACUAUGGGCAUACUGUGCGGGCGGCAUUGGAGACGACCACAACGCCCACCAACCGGAAGACGUGCUCGAGCGGCUACGCCUAGGCAUGAUGCUGACCGUAAUGUCCGGCAGCAUGAACUCGAACAUCGAAGCCGUCUUCAGCCACAAGGAUCUCUACAAAGACGGGCUGAGGUAUAUCAGUUUCUGCGCCGACGACAAGCUCUGCGAGGACCUUGACGCAACGGGACACAUCGAUCUGCACGUCCGCCGUGCUAUCGAGCUGGGCGUGUCGGUGAUGGAUGCGUAUCGUAUGGCUACGCUCAACGCCGCGUCAUAUUAUAGACUUGAUCACCUGAUCGGGAGUGUGACGCCGGGGAAACUGGCGGACUUGCUUAUACUUGACAAGCUGCAAGAUGCACGCCCAAGCAUCAUCAUUGGCAACGGUGCUAUCGUAGCUCAAGACAACAUGGCGCUCUUUGCAAACACGGACCCUAUCCCCGACUUCACGCUCAACACCAUUCACAUCCACGAGCGGCACCUAACCCCUGAAUCGUACCAUCUGUACCCGAUCCCUUCCCCGUCAGCUUCGCCACCCACCAAAGCCUGGGUGCAAUGCGUCGAGAUGUACGACGGGUACUUCAAGCGCGCCUUCCACGCCUCUCUCGCCGUCGGCCCCUCGCCAUCCUCAUCCACCUCUCCCCCCAACGCUGCCUCCCGCCCCAUCAUACUCACCGACCCCACCCGCGACAUCCUCAAAAUCGCCAUCGUAGACCGCCACCACGCCAGCCCCAACCGCGGCCUAGCCUACGUGCGCGGCUUCGGCCUCCGCCGCGGCGCCAUCGCCACAACCACCAACUGCGAGAACCAAAACCUCGUCAUCAUCGGCGCCGACGACGCCGCCAUGGCCGCCGCCGCGCGCGCCUACCGCACGCACCCGGCGCUCCGCGGCGGCGGCAUGGUCGCCGUCUCCGAGCGCGGCGAGCGCGUCAUCGGGUCCGUCGGCCUCGACGUCGCGGGCUGCAUGGCGUCGGCGCCGUGGGAGAGCGUGCGGGACGCGUCGCUGGGCCUGGAGCGCGCGGUGCGGGAGGAGCUGGGCUGCGGCAUGGCGCAGAAUCCGUUCCUCAUUGCGAGUUUUGUCGGGUUGGUCGCGGUGCCGGAUUUAGGACUCACGGAGUUGGGGUUGGUGGUUGGGGGUGGGGAGGCGGUUGUUGAGCCGGUUUUGGGGGUUGAGGGGACGGAUGGGGAUGGCGAUGGUGAAGGUUUAGGGGCGGAGGGUCGAGCUGGAGCUGCGGAGAUGGCUGCUGUGAGGGUGUGUUGUCGGUGUCCGAGUCAUCAGCAUCGGCUCUGA